UCACUCAUCAGGACGGGUAUCCGGGCUACGACUGGCUGGCCUCCACAGUGUUUCUCAUCAUGGCGGGGAACAUGGACCGCUCUCUAAAGCUGUUGCUCAACCUGUCCUCUCUGCUCACUUCUGCAUUCAUCUGGCCAGCGAGGAUACAUGCCUCUAUCCAUGUUCCUGUGGAAGUGGCUGAGUCAGGAAUCUCUCCUAUGUACUGGUGUACUGCUCACUACGUGGAGAUGCUGCUGAGAGCUGAAGUUCCUCUGGUCCACUCCGCCUUCAGGAUGUCUGGUUUCACCCCGUCACAGAGAGCAGAGCCGUCCCAGAAGACCUGA